AUGAUAUCGAGUGUGGACAAACCAGUGAGGACGAAAAGAUAUAAGGAGCGCUUUUCCUUGACCCCCAAAUCAUGCGGUGAAUCGCCCGCUACACUUGCACUGAGCAGCGGCCCAUAUGACAAUUAUUUUUAUUCCGACUGCAAUGUUGCCGCUCAAGUGGUUGUCACUUCCCCAUUACCAGACAGCAACCUGAGUUUGAUCGGGCCUCGGCUGAUCGUCGCCUGGCCGGCGGGCAACAGCGGCAUCUGCACUUACUUUGCUCCUGAGAAUGGAGUCAACGGCACCCUUGGGAUUUCGGUCGUCAACUCUACCGUGGGGAGUCCCCUGUCCCUCAAUUACACGGCUAAAGAGCCAAACCCCGGGGUCGGGGUGCAAGGCACGCUCCGCUUCAACUCGUCGGCGGUUCUGACUGUCCCCAUUCUGGGCAGCAUUCGCACGAUCCGGGAUUUCGUCGAAGGGCCAAGUCUCCUGCAGCCUAAGAUCCAGGAUGCUAUCCAGUUGAUCAGCUCUCCUGACGGAAGCGUGAUGCUCCAGCGUCUGUGGCUGGACAAUGUCACCACGAGCGCAAUCAAGUUUACUCCUGUCAACAGCACAUCCAAGGCCGCCGUCUCUGGCAAGACGGUCAGAUUUGACGCGGGUGAUUACGUCUUCUCGGCAGAGAUUGACUAUCCGCAGCUGACCCAGCUGCCUCCGGCCAAGGUGCUAAACAAUGCCUCUGCAGACCUUGUGACUAAAAUGCCCGUUCAGGCCACGGCGCUCUCGUUUCUCUCCUACUCGGAGAAACUUCUGGCUGGUGCAUGGCGUUUUCUGACCUACUUUGGACGGGAUCUGAUGAUAUCCGCCUUGCUUAUGGAUCCGGUCAUGAGCUAUGGCAAUGCUAGUGCCAUCGAGGCGGUGCUGGGCUCUGUUUGUGAGCGCAUCAACGCCACCGAUGGCAGUACCUGUCAUGAAGAGACAAUCGGUGACUACGCGACUUGGCUACAUCUGCAGGAAAAUGUCACCAGUACCGCGAUGAUCUGCGACUACAAGAUGGUUGAUACGGACUUUUAUCUCGCGCUUCUCAUGCAAAGCUAUUUUCUAAACAAUCCAAUCGGACGAACCAGGUGGCAGGCGUUUUCGAGGUUUGUCCCCGGGUUUAUAGUUUUCGAUCACUUGGCUGACGGACGUAGCACCCCUGCCGGUGCCAUUAAUGCUGCAAACAAGAAUCACACUUGGGGCCAGUUGGCCCUUCGCACCGCCGAGAAGAUCAUGGGUCAGGCUGCAUUGUUCGCGCACAAUCCUCGCAAAGAGAACCUGGUCCAUUUGAAACCGGAUCAGGUCGUUGGCGAGUGGAGAGAUAGCACAUACGGAAUUGGAGGCGGCCGAAUCCCAUACGAUGUAAACACAGCCCUGAUGCCGGCUGCCCUGCGCGCCAUCGCAGCUUUAUCCCGGGCCGGCGUCUUUCCUAACUGCAACAACUGGGCCCGGAAGGCGGACACAUACGCCAAGAUAUGGGAAGAUGAGACUCUCCAUUUCUUCCAGGUCACCGUCCCCGCCGAAACAGCGAAACAACGUCUUACUUCCUACACCCAAGCCGGCUACUUCCCCGGCCCCAGCGCAGGAGAAUCAAUCGACUCCGACGUCGUCUUCCAUGCCCUCGCCCUCGAUGGCUACAAUAACCUCUCUCAAGUCCAAGUCAUGAACUCGGACGACUGCUUCCGCCACUUCCUCCUGAACACAACCAACCAGCAGCAGCUCACCUCCUUCAUCAACCAAACCGCCACCAACAUCCGCCGCACAUUCCCCGCCGGCCUCAACACUCCCGUCGGCAUGCUCAUCGCCAACCCGGCCUUCGGCCCCAGCGAAGUCUACGCCCGCAACUGGACAACGGGCGCCUACCACGGCACGGUAGUCUGGUCCUGGCAACUCGCAAUGAUGGCCAAGGGCCUCGAACGGCAACUCGGCCGCUGUGACGCGGGCCAUCAGCACGCGCGGCCAGACUUUUGCGCCGACAAGGUCGUGUACAACAAUCUUAGGACAGCGUAUAAUACCCUCUGGGACGGCAUCGAGACCAAUCAGGCGCUGCUGAGCGAGGAGGUUUGGUCGUUUGUCUACAGCGAUGGGCGAUUCAAUCCCGCACCGCUGGGGAAUAUCCCUCCUCCUCCGGGGGUUGGUGCGCAAACCGGUAAGCCACGCGAGCCCAUCCUUUUGUAUCUCAAGAGGCUCUGA